AUGCUUUACCGGUCGAGAGAAGUUAUUGUUUGCUGCUGUCUCAUUUGCAUCGUUUUUUCGCUUUACUUUUUGCACUUGCUUUUCGCCGAUGUCCUGGGCCAGGUCAAGUGUCAGCAAACUGACGACUUCCUCGACUUUUCCAUCGCCCUUCCCUUGCCAUCCCUCAUCUUUGCCCUCACAGGCCUCAAUCUUGCCUACUCAAACAAGCAGAUCUUCAAACUCGAUCCAACCACUGGCCUGGUUGUGUACGACUACAAAGUGUAUCUCCUGAGCCUGAUGCACAGUAUCGGCUCCUUUUUGGCUUCAAUCGCGGCUCUUUGUCUACCUAUUUUCGGUACAACUAUUUGCCCCAGUUUCUCAAGCCCAGCUGGCUAUUCUGACGGUGCUGAUUUGGGGGAUGUUCUUGAGGCGGAAAGGCGCAAAACAUCGAUGAUUUUUCUCGUCCAUUCAUUCGCUGGCUGUCUUCUCUUCUUGCUGAACAUGCUCUCAUCCGUAUUUGGCUUUUUCUCACUAAUACGCCGUGCCAAUCGAACGAACCUUCGGCUCCUGGCAGCCCGCGACUCACCACCUGCAUACGAAGAAGUGUCUGUAUCGUAUGUUCCGAAAUACACGCAAGAAAUAGACCUCCCACCAUCCUACGAAUCACUUCAAAUUAAUUCCAGUUCUGAUAAUAACAAUAACACCAAGUGA